AUGACGACGCUAUUACUGGAUCCAGAUAUUCGCGACUGGGUCGUUUUGCCACUCUUUGUGAUAAUGGUAGCUGCUGGUUUGUUGCGACAUUAUGUUGGUUUAUUGUUGCAAGGCGAAAAGCAGCCAAUGCCCGUUAUUGCACAGCGUUCUCAGAAUCUGUUAGCGCAAACGGUGCGGAUUCGCUCCGGAGCAUCACACUACAUUUCCACUUGGCAGUGGCAUGUACGAAAACAACAUUACGCGGCACUCCUGCAACAGGAAGCCGAAUGGGCCGAAGCGGAGCAGCAGAAAAAGGCAGAUUCUUCCGACGAUGACCCAAUGUCAGCCAUGCUGAAUAAUCCGCUGGGAAUGCUCAAGGGAAACAUGGUCUUUAUGGUACAAAAUAUGGUCAUGAUGCAGGGCAUUCAGCACUUUUUCUCCGGGUUCAUUCUCCUCAAAGUGCCUUUUCCUCUGACGGCUGGGUUCAAGGACAUGUUUCAAAAGGGUCUAGCGGAACUCCCGGACCUGGAAUCUUCAUACGUGAGUAGCGUUAGCUGGUAUUUCUUGGUCAUGUACGGACUCCGAGCCUUUUUUCGUCUCGCAAUUGGCGAUCCCAGUUUGGAGGCCCGGGAACAAGAUAUGCUGCUUGCGCAGUUUGGUCUGCAAAAUCCUCCCAAUCCGGGCCAAAAACAGGACGGCGAAUCCAUGGCAAAAACACUACGACAAGAAGCUGAGAAUCUGGAGUUGUUUUUGCAGUCGCACAAGUCCGAAUUAGACACUGUGGAAAAGCGACUUCUUGGCAAGCGCAUGCCGCGUAAAACAUACGGGGACCAGGACGAUUUCUUACUCGGCGCGAGUUCGGGGAAACCUAAACGUAAAACCCAAUAAAUGUGGCU